UAUAGAACGUGUGUGGCUAUUUGCGGUGAGGUUCCUUCCUUCCGGUGCUUUCCCUUCAUAAAGCAAGCCACGCGCGUUUCCAGACCUCUCCGUACUGGAACUGUCUGGAACACUGACGAAAAGAGCCCAGAAUAAAACAACAGAAAGAUGAAGUUCCUGGCUGUUGCGCUAGUGGUCGCUGUUGCCACGCUGGCUGACGCAAGAUCGGUGAAACAACAAAGAAGCAUUGCUGAUGACAUCAAGAACACGAUGCAGAACGCCCUGGAGAAGGCACUUCUCACCACCACCGCUAACAACCUGGAGGCUUCCGUGAUCCAGAAAAUCAACGAUACCAUCAUCAACGUUUUGGACGGCUUCAUCGACAAGCUGAACCUGGAUAUGUGGAUCACCCAGUUCCAUCUGGACGGGGUCAUUAACCUGGCGGACAUCGAGGCGUUUGCCGUGGAACAGGCCAUGAACCUCGUCACCCCCAUCCUGGACUCUCUCAAGGAGCAGGGGAUUCAGCUGACCCUGAACCACCUGCCGACCGAUAGCCAGAGGAGCAGGCAGCAGAGGAGCAUCGCUGACGAUAUCAAGAACUCCAUGCAGGCCGCCCUGGAGAAGGCCCUCCUCACUACCGCUGCCAACAACCUGGAGACCUCAGUUCUCCAGCAGAUCAACUCUACCAUCGUCACCUUCCUGGAUAACUUCAUGGACAAGUUGAACCUCGAUUAUUGGAUCACCCAGCUGCACCUUGACGGCGUGGUUGACCUUACUGACCUGGAGGCGUUCGCCGUUGAGCAGGCCAUGAACCUCGUCACCCCCAUCCUGGACUCUCUCAAGGAGCAGGGCAUCACUCUGGUUGGAGACCACAUCCCCGGCAGCAGCACCACCAACCAGCGUGGGAAGCAGUGAGGAUUCCGCAACAGAUCGCCCAUGCUAGCCAGCGUAUGUAAGAUCUUGGAAACGGACACUGUUGUCCCUAAACACCGGGGCUCUAGUCUUUAGAUCAUUAAAAUUGUAGAAGAG